UGUUGGAUACCACAUUUCCAAAAAUGAACAUUUCCAACAAGCAUCUGUUUAAUGUUGUUAGAAGACUUGUCUUCCCUUUAGCUCUACAAGAUGGGAUAAAAAGGGGGUCAUUUUUUAUAAAGCCUUGCAAAGUAAUUACUUGCAGAACAUUUGUUUUGUCUCCUUGGUUGAGUAAGGAUUCCUCGUCAGCCAGCACUGAAAAAUUAGAUUUGGAUGGAUGGAAACGUGUUGUGCGAUCUGUUUCACAAGAAGAAAUCAGUGAGAAAACAUCAGAGAAUGAUGACGACUCCAAUUUAGCAGCUACUAGAGAAUUGAUUGAGUUGUGGAGAUUGCUGGGUAGAGCUGUUCCAGAACAUAUCAGUGAAGAAGAAUUCAAAACCUUAAUGGAAUAUCCUAGUAAGGCUUCAAAAAGCAAGUAUUUAAAAUUCCUGGCUAUAAAGGAAGGUAAAAAGAGAGCCGAGAAAGAAAAGCGUGAAAAAAAAAAGCAAAUAAGGGAGGAAGAGAUACAAAAAGCUAAUGAAAAUAAUGAUGGUGAGGUAAAGAAUACAUUUUUGAUGAUGUUUUGGUCCAAGUCAGGGGAUGCUAUAUUCAACUGGCGGGCUGCUCAGUCUAUGCUCUUUGGUCAGCCUCUGGUGUUCGAUAUGGCCUAUGAAAACAGCAUGUCACACAGAGAAAUGGAAAAUGCAGUGAAACAGAUGAUGGAAGCUGAAGGGGUCAAUCGUAGAGCUGUAGACCCAUUUCAUUUGCAUUACUGUAAUCUCAACAUGGAUGGUCCUUAUCAUAAAGUGUUUCUCAAACGCUAUGGAGAAGCAUGGGAUAAGUUGUUUGUGACAGUGACAGAACAGAGUCAUGUUGAAGUCUUCCCACGAGAUCAGCUUGUCUACUUAACUGCUGAUUCUCCUAACAUAAUGGAAAAGUUUGAGCAUGAUAAAAUCUAUAUAAUUGGAUCCCUAGUUGACAAGUCAAUACAGAAAGGAGUCUCUCUCGCCCAGGCAAAACGGCUGAAACUGGCAACAGCACGGCUUCCUUUGGACAAAUACUUGCAGUGGGAGGAAGGUGCCAAAAACCUUACUCUAGACCAAAUGAUGCAAAUCUUAAUGAGUUUGAAAGACACUGGGGAUUGGAUGAAAGCUUUGCAGUUUGUUCCAAGAAGGAAACAUUCUGGCUUUGUAGACCCUGCCUCUUAUUCAAAUCAUCAGUUUGAGACGGUGAAGAAAAUGAGGGUGUCUGACAAAACAGGUGGACGAGAAAAGGCAAGCAACCAGUUUGCAGGGAACUCCUUCAGGCAGCAAAUGCAAAGAAAGUGGUGGGAAGAUGUAUCCUAAUAUGUUGUUCAUCAAUGUGAUGAGUCAUGGAGGUUUCUAAUUGAUCUUGAAUGUGUUAAUCUGCAUUUUAUUACUUUUAGAAAUGAUGGAGCAAAUCCAUCCCUGUGCUUAACUUGAAAAACAAUAUUAUUUUAUAUGUGACCUAGCUGAACCCUUGAAAAAGUUCUAGGGUUUCUGCAGUUGCUCAAAAAGGAUGGUUGCAACAGAUCCCUCCAUGCCACAAACAGAUGCCUGUCCCCCACUACCUUGCUCAUCUCACUCCCACCCAGUUUCAGCAAUAGUCCUUGCCUUUGCAAGUAACCAGCAUUGUAUUAGGGGUGGUAAUCCCAAUUUCAGUAUUCCUGGUUAUCAUUUCCUAUCAAAAUAGAUUAAAAUUAUAGUUUGAACUAGGAGGCCAAGAAAAUUAUAAGGUAAAAAGAACUACAGUUCGCAUAAACAUUGGCAGGCAGUGACAGCCGAGAUCAGAAUUGCAAGAGUAUAUCCUGUGUUUAACAAGCUCUUGCGCAGUAUUGGUUAUCAUCUCUCCCCCCCCACACACACACACAGUCAGUUUUCCAGGAAGCACAGAUAGUAGACCCAGUUUUGAAUUAGGCCCUGAUUUAGAGCUCUGGUUCUGACUUGAAAAAGGUUUGAGAAUGUUUGAGUUGAGAAGUUGCAUUACAGUCACCUGCCUUCAUCAGAAAUUUGCAAGAAGUAUCUCUAAUGUUUCUUAUUCACAUUAUAUCAAUGGGAUUAAUUUAAUCCUGUUCUUCAAUACAGUUAUUGAAAUCAGUGAUACUUGUGCCUGGUAUCAACAAAGAACUUCUCUAAUAUUCCAGUCUCUUAAUCAUAUCAAAAUAUGACAAUGCAAGCAAAGACUGCCAAAGCUGAGAUAUCCUACUCCUACUUAAAGAGGGUAAAAGGCAAAAUAAAUAUAGUCUAAAAUAGUUAACUUUAAGAUGAGGUCAGAAAAGGAUUGUGCCAAGAGCUGUAGUUUUCAUGGCUUGAAAAAGGUUCAUAGGGUAUUAUACCUGAAGUCCAUUAGAAGCCCCAGCCAUGCACAUGUGUCAUUUUUUUUUUAGUAUUUGUUAUGCUAUAUUACAGGUGGAGAGCAAUUGAUAGCUCAGCUAUACUGCAGAUGUUUUACAGUGCUAGGGCCAGCUAGUGGACAUUGGUACAAUGAACUGUGGCUACUUCAAACAGUUGUUGGGCAAGAAACUUCAGAGUACAAAUUUUCAAGUAAAUUACAAAUAGACUGAUAAAGGAAUUACAUAAAUGUAAAUAUUGUGAGAGCUGUCUUGAU